CUCCGCUGGGGAAACUUUAUACGGGGAAUGUUUCGGAAAGUUUCUUCUUGAGAGACGCGCGGGUAGGUGGUGCGUGUAUUCGGGAACGUUAAGUGACUGUAUUUUGGUUAUUAUAGUGGAGUUGAUUCAAUUUAGUCUGGGCCCUCGUCACUCGAAAAAGAUGAAUCCUUCAAUCCCAAACGGGACAUUAGUCAACGACGACCCAGUUUCCCAAAUCGGCCGGCAGAACAGUUCGGAGUUAUUAAGCGACAACAUGUUAAGUGAAACUGGUAAUGUCAGUGCCGUUUUACGGACCGAAAGUGUUUUCGAGAGUCAACUGAUGGUGCCCCUCUAUGUGGUAAUUUUUCUCCUGUCUAUAGUGGGAAACACGCUGGUUUUAUUUACUCUCUCCAAGAAUAAAAGAAUGAGAACCGUUACUAAUGUGUAUCUGUUAAAUUUGGCUGUAGCAGACCUUUUACUGGGAGUGUUCUGUAUGCCCUUCACUCUAGUGGGGCAGGUGUUAAGGAAUUUCAUUUUUGGAGAAGCCAUGUGCAAGUUAAUACCAUACUUUCAGGCGGUGUCUGUGUCGGUAGCGGUCUGGACCCUGGUCGCCAUAUCUCUGGAACGAUACUUCGCCAUUUGUAGACCGCUGAAAUCCAGAAGGUGGCAGACUCGUAGCCACGCGUCCAAAAUGAUCGCGUUCGUCUGGACGGCCAGUUUACUCUGGAGCGGACCGAUCGUUCUGGUGUCGAAACUCCAAAGUUCCCUAAGAGGUCAUAAGUGCAGAGAAUCCUGGCCAACGAAGAACGGCGAACAGAUGUACAAUUUGUUCCUGGACAUCAUUUUGUUACUGAUCCCACUCCUGAUCAUGAUCUUGGCCUACUUUAUGAUCAUGGAAAAACUAUGGAGGGGGCUCCAGAAGGAGAUAGAGCACAAUAAUUCUAGUCAAAAACUCGUUUUUCAAAAAUCGAGCAGCACGCCCAACUUACAAUCCUACAAACCAGGCACCAAAGACCCAACAAACGAACCAAAAAACUGUGAUAAGAACACCAAUAGUAAAAAAAGGAAAAGUAGAUACAUUUCAAUCAUCAAAGAGUACAUCCAGGUGGAUAACAAUGGAGAGCCAACGAUAUGCCACAACGGGGCUACACCGGAUUCCAGUAGAAAACACUUAAAAGAGACCACAUACACCUUUUCACCUCACGUAAUGAGAUCGAAUUACAUGGAUAGGAGCAUAGAAGCGAAAAGAAAGGUGAUAAGAAUGCUCUUCGUGAUAGUGGCGGAGUUUUUCAUUUGUUGGGCCCCACUGCACAUUCUUAACACGUGGUACCUGUACAACCCCAAGGAGGUUUACGAGCUGGUCGGGUCCACCGGGGUCUCUCUGGUGCAACUUCUGGCCUACGUCAGUUCCUGUUCCAACCCCAUCACUUAUUGUUUUAUGAAUAAGAAGUUUAGGCAGACGUUUUUUACCGCUUUUAAGUGCAGGCGUUAUUGUCUGCCAGACAGCUCGUUAACGAGGAACGUCCACGGAACCCAACGAAAUAUCGUCAUGAAAAAACUACAACCGAAUUCGGAAAACGAUUCCACCUAUUUUAUGGGCAGGAUCAGUUAUUCCGGACGAUCCGAUCCAGAAGCGGAGGAUCGUGUUUAGCAGCGUUUCGGAUCACGCAAAACCCUCGACAUCAUCAGGAAUAACGACUGUCGCGCUAAUCGAAGUAAAUCCAGAGGACGAAUCGUUCAGAUAUAAAAUAUCGUGGGUGAAAAGUCAAACCGGACUGUGCAACGGGCAUCAGUCGAGAACCGCUUUUUGAUCAAUUUACAAAUUGUGCAAUAAAUAUUUUUUUUUGAAUUAUGAUUGUACCUGAGAACAUUUUCAAAGUCAAAAAAGUGACUGUGAUUUCUUGAGAUGUACAUAAUGUAAUUUACGUAUAGCGAUAGCUUUUUUAUUGAUUGUUUAUAACUAAUAAAGUUUAUAUGUGAAUUUGGA